UCUUGGCCCAGAAUUUGGAUGUGGCACCCCAGGUGGCCUGGAUGGAUUCUGAGAAUGCCCAAUUAUUAGGCAGAAUGGCCGGGAUCAUCAGGUCAUUGGCAAAGGCCAGGAGAGUUGAACCCUGGCUGUCCCUCUGAGCCUCUCCAGCUUGGCCUCUAGCCCUUUCUUUUCUGGCAGGGUGUUUCUGCACUGGUCCCUGUUUGUCUACGGAAUGGAGCCUCCAAAUGGGUUUAAGCCAAGCAGGAUCUGAGGAAAACUUUGGGAGAGGGCAGGCCAGGUCACCACAAGCUUGACGCACCAUCAAGAGACCCAAUUUCUACCCAGACCUACUGUCUGAAGCUGCAGUCUGAGAACUCUCAUUUCCACUAUAUUGACUAUUUUCUUAGCACUAGGAUCCUUUUCACUGUAUUCUCUUUCAAGUAUUUGCAUAGAUUAUGUCUCUCCAUUCUUCCCGGCUUUUUAGACUCCAUGGAAAUAAAUUGGCCAUUUUUAAAGAGAGUGGGAGGACAAGAAAAAGGUAUUCAGUUUCUAUGCAAGUUUAUGUAAAUUGCUGAACAGUGGUGGGACUGGCAUCCCUGCCCCCUCUGCUUCCUCAAGCAAAAUCUCCGGCCUGGAGAAGUGGCUCAGCGUCUUCCCCAUCCAGUCUUCUCCAAGGUUUCCCCAAGGUGACUCUUCCCUCCCCAAAUGGCUUUGGCCAGGGACAGGGGAAACAGAGGCAGGAUUUCUACAUAUGGCACAGGUAUUGGUAUUUCUGUUCCUUUUUGUCCCAGGAAAAAGGACAGAAUAUGGCAACCCAACUGGUGACAUGGGUGGGGGAUGGAGUGUAAUGGGGGGAAAUGGGGAGCUUGUGGGGAACUUAUGUGUUUAGAAGUGGAGGAAGGGUUUGAAAAGCAGAUGAACAGCUCAGGUUAGCCAAUGGUCAGUUUCUCAGCUUACUGGCAUCCAUUUCCCUUUCUCUGACUCCCAUCUUUCACAUCUUGGCCCAGAAUUUGGAUGUGUUCCCCCCAAGUGGACUGGAUAGAUUCUUGGGAUGCCCAUAAUUAUGGUGGGGGUUAAGGAGGUCCCUCCUCCCCCUAAUAGAGUUUUCUUUAGAAGCAAAUGACCCCAGGAAGGUUAAUGAGCUUAUUGAUCACACAUGGACUAGAUUAAUCAAAUCUCUUUCCUCCCAGCACUGAAUGUGGGGUUAAAACAAGCCCCCAAACUGAACUCAGGCCUUUAGCAACAUCCCAAUCUGGAGAAGUCACUCUCUUUACCUGUACUAUGACAAACAGACUUGCAAGGAAAACACUGAACAAUGCAUACAAAUGAACUGUUGGCUGAGACAAGCUGGAUGGGAUGGGAAUAGGGGGAUGCUAGCUAACUGAGGUCCUGCACUGUGGUGUUCCACCCAAGCUGAGGAGUCCAUUUCGAGGGAAGGGGUGAUACAGGGACAAGUGAUCAACAGACAUUUAAUUUUGCUUAGAACUAGCCCCACCCCCCCCCCCCCCUUUCUCAGUUAUCAUGUAUUAUUACUUUCUUGUUCAGGGCAGCUCACUGGUGAAGUGGAUAGGGCCCCAGGCUUGGAAUGGGGAAUACUCGUCUUCAUGAGUUCAAGCCUGGCCUUAGACACUUACUAGCUGUGUGACCCUGAGUAAGUCACUUAACCCUGUUAGCUCAGUUUCCUCAUCUGUAAAAUAAGCUGGAGAAUGAAAUAGCCAACCAUUCCAGUGUCUUUGCCAAGAAAACCCCAAAAUGGGGUCUCAAAGAGUCACACAUGGUUGAAAACAAUUGAAAAAAACUACUCUCUUAAAGUAAAUUAAUUUCCUUCUUAGUGUUAAGGGUAAAAUUAGGGGUUAUUGACUGAAUAUAUUAUACUAGUGGUUGCCAGGGAUUAAUUCAGUCCCAAUAAAUUACUCCAGUCAGUUUGGGAUUUUUAUGGUGGUUUUAAUUACAAUAGAGGGAAGAAAUUAAGAAGAGAGAGAGAGGAAAAGAGAAUUUAAACUGCUCCAGCUGGGGCUGAGCCAGGCAGGAAUUCAGAGACCUUCUCAAUCUGGCUCGGAUAUUAGCCACGAGGCUUCCUCCGAGAUGAGGGGUCUCCUAGGAGGAUAGCGUUUUAGGAGGUAAAGGAAAAAGGAAUCAGCCUAAACACUCGCCAAGCAUGCUAAGAGCUUCUCCCAGUCACCUUACCUGCAUGCUGCCACAAGCCACAUGAGCCAGAGAGAGAGAGCCACGUCUCUGAGAGAGAGGCCAAAGAGAGGAAGUGAUGUGAAAUAUAUAGACUUCUUUACAUCACUUCCUGCAUCUCACAUGUACCAAUGGUAGCUUAAGCUUGACUUAGGACAGCCCAGGGGGUCUGUUAGUUGUUUCUUAUUUGUCACUUGCUAGCACAUGUCUGUCAUAGGCCAUCCUCCUCAACACCUAACUCUUAAGUAGGGGUGUAUACAUUCCUGGUUGCUAGGAUUUUUAAAAAAUUAAUUUAUUUAGUCAAUUUAGAACAUUAUUCCUUGGUUACAAGAAUCACAUUAUUUCCCUCCUUCCCCUCCCCCCAUCCUUCCCACAGCCAACACGCAGUUUCAUUGGGUAUUACAUGUGUCCUUGAUCAGAACCUAUUUCCAUGUUGUUGGUGUUUGCAUUAGGAUGUUCAUUUAGCCCCAGUCAUAUUCCCUUGACCCACGUAUUCAAGCAGUUGUUUUUCUUCUGUGUUUUUCUACUCCCACAGUUUUUCCUCUGAAUGUGGAUAAUGUUUUUUCUCCUAGAUUCCUCCAAGUUGGUCAGGAUCACUUCAUUGCCACUAAUGGAGAGUCUAUUACAUUCGAUUGUACCACAGUGUAUUGGUCUCUGUGUACAAUGUUCUCCUGGUUCUGCUCCUUUCGCUCUGCAUCAAUUCCUGGAGAUCAUUCCAGUUCUCAUGGCAGACAGUCUUUUAGCGCCCUUUGGGCAUAGUUCCAAAUUGCCCUCCAGAAUGGUUGGAUCAAUUCACAACUCCACCAGCAAUGAAUUAAUGUCCUGACUUUGCCACAUCCCCUCCAGCAUUCAUUACUUUCCUUUGAUAUCAUGUAGCCAGCUAGAUGUGAGGUGAUACCUCAGAGUUGUUUUGAUUUGCAUCUCUCUGAUUAUAAGAGAUUUAGAACUCUUUUUCAUGUAGUUAUUAAUAGUUUUGAUUUCUUUAACUGAAAAUUGCCUAAUCAUGUCCCUUGCUCAUUUAUCAAUUGGAGAAUGGCUUGAUUUUUUGUACAAUUGGUUUAGUUCUUUAUAAAUUUGAGUAAUUAGACCUUUGUCAGAGGUUUUUGUUAUGAAGAUUGUUUCCCAAUUUGUUGCUUCCCUUCUAAUUUUGGUUGCAUAAAAACUUUAAUUUGAUGUAAUCAAAAUUAUUGAUUUUACAUUUUGUGAUUUCUUUCUAGCUCUUGCUUGAUUUUAAAGUCUUUCCUUUCCCAGAGAUCUGACAUGUGUACUAUUCUGUGUUUACCUAAUUUGCUUAUACAUAAUUUCCUUCUUUAUAUUCAGGUCAUUCACCCAUUCUGAGUUUAUCUUGGUGUAGGGGGUGAGAUGUUGAUCCAAACCUAAUCUCUCCCACACUGUCUUCUAAUUUUCCUAGCAGUUUUUAUCAAAUAGUGGGUUUUGGUCCCCAAAACUGGGAUCUUUGGGCUUAUCAUAGACUGUCUUGCUGAGGUCACUUACCUCAAGUCUGUUCCACUGAUCCUCCAUUCUGUCUCUUAGCCAGUACCAUAUUGUAUUGAUAAUCACUGCUUUAUAGUAUAAUUUGAGAUCUGGGACUGCAAGGCCUUCUUCCUUUGCACCUUUUUUCAUGAUUUACCUGGAUAUCCUUGAUCUUUUGUUCUUCCACAUGAACUUUGUUAUGUUUUUUUCUAAUUCAGUAAAAAAGUUUUUUGGUAGUUCAAUGGGUAUGGCACUAAAGUAAAUUAAUUUGGGUAGGAUGGUCAUUUUUAUUAUGUUAGCUCAUCCUUCCCAUGAGCAGCCAAUGUUUUUCCAAUUGUUUAGAUCUAGUUUUAAUUGUGUGGAGAGUGUUUUGUAGUUGUGUUCAUAUAGUUCCUGUAUUUGUCUUGGCAGAUAGAUUCCUAAGUAUUUUAUAUUGUCUCAGGUGAUUUUAAAUGCAAUUUCUCUUUCUAAUUUUUGCUGCUGAGGUGUGUUAGAGAUAUAUAGAAAUGCUGAUGACUUAUGUGGAUUUAUUUUGUAUUCUGCACUGGUUGCUAGGAUUUUAUUGUUGAAUGACCAUACUUUCCCCUGUAAGAAUAUAGUCAGUUUUGCUGGGUAGUUGAUUCUUGGUUGUAGACCUAGUUCCCUUGCUUUCCGGAAUAUCAUAUUCCAUGCCUUUCUUUUUUUUCAGUGUGGAUGCAGCCAGAUCCUCACUGUGGUUCCUUGGUACCUGAAUGACUUCUUCUUGGCAGCUUGUAAUAUCUUUUCUUUGGUCUGAUAGUUCUUGAAUUUGUCUAUAACAUUCCUGGGUGUUGUCAGUUGGAGAUUAAGUACAGGAGGUGAUCUGUGGAUUCUAGUAAUCUCCACUUUUCCUUCUUGUUCUAGGAUAUCGGGGCAGUUUCCCUGAAUAAUUUCCUGUAGUAUUAUGUCGAGGCUUUUUCUUUUGUCAUGGUCUUCUGGUAGGCCAAUGAUUCUUAAAUUGUCUCUCCUUGAACGAUUUUCUAAAUCGUCUGUUUUGUGAAUGAGAUGCUUCAUAUUUUCCUCAAUUUUUUCAUUCUUUUGGUUUUGUUUUAGAGUGUCCUGCUGCCUUGUGAGGUCACUUGAUUGAGGUCACUUGAUUCUAGUUGUUGUAUUCUGAUUCUUAAAGACUGGAUUUCAUCCUUAGUUUUUUGGUCGUCCUUUUCCUUUUGGUUGGAUUUUUUUUGGAGGUCAUCUUUCAUCUUCUUUACCUCAUCUUUCAUCUGCUUUGCCUCCUUUCAUCUCCUUUGCCUCAUUUUCCAGCUGGUUGAUUUUGGCUUUCAAGACACUAUUUUUUUGUUUUAGUUCAAGUGCCUCUGUUUCCAUAUGACUUAUCUUCGUUUUUAAGUUCUUUUCCCUAUUGUCUUCAGCCUCUCUUAAUUGUGUUUUGAGUUGCAUUUUGAGUUCUUCCAAAGCCUGUAUCCAAUUCGCUGGGAUUUCUGGUUUUUCCUUUGCUGAUCCCUCCCUCUGUUUCAUUCGCUCUUUGCUCAUUACCUGUGCAGAAGCUGUCUAUCGUAAUUUCUUUCUUCUUUUUCUGUUCUUUGCUCGAGUUUACUCCUUCUUUGCUCCUUGUAUUUGUCUGUGCUCUUGCUCCGCUCAUUUUUUUUUGGUUUUGGGGCUGUCAGUCUCCCCUCUUGGAGCUUUGUCAGAUCACUUGGUACAGUCUCUAGGGGAGGAAUGUUAGCUUCCCUGUCCUCUGGAGGCUUUUGAUCAGAUUAAGUUCAACUGGGUUGGGCUGUAUGUGCUCUGAGGCUGAAGACUCCUGGAAGGCAGGGCCGCCCAGGCUCUCUCCAGUUCUCUCCAGCUGCUUCUCCGUUGUCCGCAAGGUUCCCCAGUGCCUUUGCCUGCCUCCCUGAGCUCUGAAGAGUCCUGAUGGGAUUAGGUUCAACUGGAUUGGUCUGGAUGUGCCCUGAGGCAACGGUGAGACUGGAGCCAGAUGGAGGGACCACGCCCCAGUCUCUCCCUGGCUUCCUCCCUGCUGUCCAUGCUGGACACUCCGAGCCCAGCACCCCACUGCUCACAAGAUAAGGAAACUGAGGCCCAGGGAGAUUGAGUGAUUUACCCAGCAUCCCACAGGGAGUUUCAAAGGUAGGAUUUGAACUCAAGUUCUUUUAACUUUUUCUACUAUGCCAUCCUCACUUCAACUCCAGUACUUUCUGCCACUGUUCAGGCCCUUCUUUAAGGAGCCCUUCCUUUUCUGUCUCUACAGGCAUUGUACCUUAUGCUUUAACCUGCAGUGUGAGUGCUAUUGAAAAAUAUCUUUUAGUCAAAGACUGUGGACCUUUGCUUAUCAUCAGCUCACAUCCAGGGUUACACUUUUACUUUUGCAAUUUUCUAUCUUUUUUUGUUUUAAUUUUAUUUAAUUAGUCAAUUUAGAAUAUUUUCCCCUGUUAACAAGAAUCAUAUUCUUUCCCUCCCCUCCUCCCACAGCUGGAGCGCAAUUCCACUGGGUUUUACAUGUGUCAUUGAUCAAGACCCAUUUCCAUAUUAUUGAUGUUUGCACUAGAAUGAUCCUUUAGAGUCUACAUCCCUAAUCAUAUCCCCUCAACCCAUGUAUUCAAGCAGUUAUUUUUCUUCUGUGUUUCUACUCCCACAGUUCUUCCUCUGGAUGUGGAUAGUAUUUUUUCUCAUAAGUCCAUCAGAAUUGUCCGGGAUCAUUGCAUUGCUGCUAGUAGAGGAGUCCAUUACCUUUGAUUGUACCACAAUGUGUCAGUCUCUGUGUACAAUGUUCUCCUGGUUCUGCUCCUCUCACUCUGCAUCACUUCCUGGAGGUCGUUCCAGUCUCCAUGGAACUCCUCCAGUUCAUUAUUCCUUUGAGCACAAUAGUAUUCCAUCCCCAUCAGAUACCACAAUUUGUUCAGCCAUUCCCCAAUUGAUGGGCAUCCCAUCAUUUUCCAAUUUUUGCAAUUGUCCAUCUUGAGUUUCUUUCUCUGAAUGUUUGUGUUUGAGUGUGUGGAUGAACACUCAGAGGAGCAGCUGGGUAGUAUCUCUGUUGACAUGCCUGACCUCUGCAGUUUGCUUCUUUAGAGGCCAAUAAAACAUGGACCUUAUACCAAAGUCAUUCAGGAUGGGUGGAGGAAAGGCAACCAAGUGUCCUCCUGGGAGCUCACCUCCCUCCCUGGAAUAGAGAGCCAAGCAGUCUGGUUGGAGCAGCACAGAAGGAGUCUGAGACCCUGGCCUCUGCCUCUGUGCCCCCAGGACACAUCACCUUGGGUGCAGAGUAGCAGUUGGAUGGGGCAAGCCAUCCUCUUGGCCAACACCAAAGUAGAUGCCUUGUUCCAAAAAACAAAGCCUAGACCAUUCUCUUGGAGAUAUUCCAUCCCAAGGUCCUUGGUGUUCCAAACCAGGCAGAAAGGUUUACCGAUGGGGACAUCAGGGAGGGUUGUGGUUCACUCUGGGAGGGACUGUAGGGAUCAGAAGCUUGUUUCUCUGGGUUCCCUCUGUUCAGCCUCAGAGCUCACACUUACCAGAGUAAGUGAGCACAUAAUAUUUUGUUCUCCAAGCUUGGACGGUAGACUGAGUGGUUUGGCGAAGUCAUCUUCCCCAUUGCCUAGAUGGACUCUCCCCCAACCCAGGCAGGUAGGGAGGCAGUAGGGUUAAGGGACGCCAUUUCUUUGGGAUGGAGACACUUGCUUCCAGUUGCCAUUUUCUUGCUACUAUUCCCAAGCUGACAGCAGCAAAUUUAUCCCUCUCGGUUCAAAAGUUCACUUCCUGUCCACUCCCCACAUCCCAUCCAUUCCAAGAUAACCUAAGGCCAGAACCAGGACUUUUCUGAUCACUUUCUCUUUUCUGCUGGGACUCUUGGGAGGCCUCUCUCACCAGAGCAUACGGGACUCUGAUGGGUUCAUUGGACCACACCCUAUGCAGGAGUUGCCCUGGACUUUGUGCCCGGCUGUCUUCUUGCUGGAGCAGCACAGGGCACCCUGGCUGGAGGCAUAUAGGGAAAGAAGUGGAGAGUGGCGGAGUUGAAGAGAGCAGCCUCCAGUCUUGGCCAUCCCUUCGGUGGGCUUCCACCCAACUUGUCCCUCCACACUAUGGACAGCUCCUCCUAGAGGUCCUCUUUGAGCCCUCUGGAGCAAUCUUGGCUGGUAUUCCUUCUCCUGCUGCCUCCCAAAGGAUCAUCACCACUGCCCUAGUCUUGUUCCAGCAUCAGGUUCUACACCUCUCCCUAGAGAGAUGUCUUUAAUAGAAGGCUCAGUGGGGGUAGGAGACAUGGUCCUUCUGGAACCCCUGAAUGAAGAGUCUUUACUCAAGAACCUUGACAAGCGAUUUCAACACAAAGAGAUUUAUACCUACAUUGGGAAUGUGGUGGUCUCUGUGAAUCCCUACCAACAGCUGCCCAUCUAUGGCCCAGAGUUCAUUGAUAAGUACAAGGACUACAACUUCUAUGAGCUCAAGCCACACAUCUAUGCAUUGGCAAAUCAAGCAUAUCAAUCACUGAAGGAUCAUGACAGAGAUCAAUGCAUCCUCAUCACGGGAGAGAGUGGUUCUGGGAAAACUGAGGCCAGCAAGUUGGUGAUGUCAUAUGUGGCAGCUGUAUGUGAUAAGGGAGAGCAGGUGAAUUCAGUGAAAGAACAGUUAUUGCAAUCGAACCCUGUGCUGGAGGCUUUUGGCAAUGCCAAGACCAUCCGAAAUGACAAUUCCUCCAGAUUUGGCAAAUACAUGGACAUUGAAUUUGACUUUAAAGGCUCCCCCCUUGGUGGUGUCAUCACAAAUUAUCUGUUGGAAAAAUCCCGGGUAGUGAAGCAUGUUAAAGGAGAAAGGAACUUCCAUAUCUUCUACCAGCUGCUGGAGGGGGCAGAUGCCCAGUUGCUGAAGGCACUGAGGCUGGAAAAAAAUGUGAGCUGCUACUCCUAUUUAAACUUCGAGGCUUCCAGGGUAGGUGGGAUGGAUGAUGCAGCCAACUUCAGAGCUGUGCAGAAUGCCAUGAACAUCAUUGGGUUCUCCACUGAGGAGAUCCAGAAGAUUCUUGAGGUGAUAGCCAUAGUGCUGAAACUAGGAAAUGUGGAGCUGGGAGAUGAAUUCCAAGCCAAUGGGGUGUCAGGGAGCAGUAUUCGAAAUGAAAAUGUUCUCAAGGAGAUUUCAGACCUCAUGGGACUGCAGGAAGAGGUACUAGAGAGAGCCCUGUGCUCCCGGACCAUGGAAACAAAGCAAGAGAAAGUGAUCACUACAUUAAACAAAAUUCAGGCGGGCUAUGCCCGAGAUGCCCUGGCCAAGAACAUCUACAGCCGCCUCUUCAGUUGGAUAGUGAAUAGAAUCAAUGAAAACAUCAAGGUGAGUGAUUCAACCAAGAAGAAGGUCAUGGGUGUCCUGGAUAUUUAUGGCUUUGAGAUACUGGAGAAUAACAGCUUUGAGCAGUUCGUGAUUAACUAUUGUAAUGAGAAGUUACAGCAGGUGUUCAUAGAAAUGACACUGAAAGAGGAGCAGGAAGAAUACUUGAAAGAGGGUAUACCUUGGGUGAAGAUUGAAUAUUUUGAUAAUAGCAUCAUCUGCAACCUCAUCGAGCAUAAUCAGCAAGGUAUUCUGGCCAUGCUGGAUGAGGAGUGCCUUCGGCCCGGUGUGGUCAGCGAUUCCACCUUCCUGGCAAAGCUGAAUCAGGUGUUCUCCAAACACAACUACUACGAGAGCCGGGUCACCCAGAAUGCCCAGCGCCAACAUGACCCCAGCCUGGGCCUCAGCUGCUUCCGUAUCCGACACUAUGCGGGCAAGGUGAUGUACAAUGUGGAGGGCUUCUUGGACAAGAACAAUGACCUGCUAUUCCGAGACCUGUCACAGGCUCUGUGGGCUUCCAAGCAUUCCCUGCUUCGGACCCUGUUCCCUGAGGGGGACCCCAAGCAAGCCUCGCUUAAGCGACCCCCCACAGCUGGAAGCCAGUUCAAGAAUUCUAUAGCCACCCUCAUGAAGAACUUGUAUUCCAAGAACCCCAACUACAUUAGGUGCAUCAAGCCAAACGAACAUCAGCAAAGGGGUCUGUUCUCGUCUGAACUAGUUAAUACCCAGGCCCGGUACCUGGGGCUGCUGGAGAACGUGCGGGUGCGAAGGGCUGGCUAUGCCUACCGACAGGUUUACAGUGUCUUCUUGGAGAGAUACCGGAUGCUGGGUCGGAGCACUUGGCCCCAUUGGCGUGGCCCAGCCAGGGAGGGAGUGGAAAAGCUUCUGGGAGAACUAAGCUUGAGCUCCGGAGAGCUGGCCUUUGGUCGGACCAAGAUCUUCAUCCGGAGCCCCAAGAUGCUCUUCUAUCUAGAGGAGAAAAGGAGGCUCCGAAUACAUCAGCUCGUGACACUCGUCCAGAAGAUAUACCGAGGCUGGCGAUGCCGCACCAAUUACCAGCUCAUGCGCAAAAGUCAGAUCCUCAUUUCUUCCUGGUUUCGUGGCAACAUGCAAAAGAAGCGCUAUGGGAAGAUAAAAGCAUCAACAUUACUGAUCCAGGCCUUUGUGAGAGGGUGGAAGACCCGAAAGGAAUAUCGAAAAUAUUUCCGGUCAGGGGCAGCCUUGCAGUUGUCAAACUUCAUCUAUCGGAGAAUGGCCGAGAGAUUCCUGUUGGGCCUGAAGAAUAAUCUGCCAACUAAGAUCACUGACAACCGGUGGCCACCUCCUCCUUACAAAUCCUUUACCCUGGCUAAUCAGGAACUGAAGAUCAUUUACCACCAAUGGAAGUGCAAAAAGUAUCGAGAUCAGCUUUCCCCACAGAAGAAAGAGGUCCUGAAGGAGAAACUCUGCGCCAGUGAAUUGUUUAAAGGCAAAAAAGCUUCAUAUCCUGAAAGUGUCCCUGUGCCAUUCCGAGGGGAUUAUGUGAUGCUUCAUGGGAAACCCAAGCUGCAGAAAGCUGGUGAUGGACCUGUGCUGAUGGCUGAGACUGUGAAUAAAGUCAAUCGAGCUGAUGGCAAGAUGGUCCCAAGGAUUCUCCUCCUGACCAAGAGUCACGUAAUCCUUGCUGAUGCCAAGGGCUCCAAAGUCAAGAGCGUCAUUGGGCUGGAGAGCGUGGAUGAGGUGUCUGUCAGCAGCCUUCAGAACGGACUCUUUGGCUUACACCUCAGUGAGAUCUCUUCAGUGGGCUCCAAGGGAGACUUCCUGCUGGUCAGUGAGCAUGCCAUUGAGUUGCUGACUAAACUAUACCAGGCUACACUGGAUAAAAUGAAGAGGCCACUGCCAAUUACUGUGACUGAAGAGUUCACUGUCAAGUUCAAAGAGGGCAACCUGACUGUGAAGGUCACUGAGAGCCAGAUGGGCAAGGGCAACAACAAGCUAAGCUGCAAGAAGAAGGGACACAACCAGUUGGAGGUGUUUGCCCCAUGAGGGGAUUCCUGUCUCCUGGAAUGGCUCCUUGAAGCAACGGCAUGGCCAGGAAUUGGAGAAGGGAAGGUAGAGAAGACUCCUCUGGCUUCUCCUCCAGGUCCACUUGCUGGCCCUCUUUGGUUCCCAAUAAAACAUGGCAGAAAGGGAAGAUCUGGUUAUUUUGAGUGGGGGCGUCUCCAGGACCAGCCAGUUCUCCCUUGCUUCCCUUUCUAGUCCCUGGACCACCUGU